AUGCAUUGGCUAAUUUGGUGCGUGCUUAUCGGCAGUUUACCGUCAGGGUUUGCAACUAACGCUCUGGCGGCGAGCGAAACAGAUUUGGACUUACUCGACGGAUCAAGUUCCAGGCAAGGAAGAUAUUUCCCAUUUUACUCGAUUGGUAGAAUCGCAAACGUUCCCUGCGUGGCAAGCAACGGACUGACGGGCACGUGUCUGAUUCGCGGAGAAUGCGCUGACAAUGGCGGUUUGUUUGGAGGGAAUUGCAGUACUCUCACCAGCCAGGCAACUUGCUGUAUAUUCAGCCAAACUUGUGGAGGAACAACCAACUUGAACAGCACUUAUUUCACGAAUGUUGGUUAUCCGGGUUCAUACAACGGGGGAGGAUCGUGUGUUUUUACAAUUAAUCCGUGCAGUGCUUCGGUUUGUCAGCUGCGAAUAGAUUUCCGUUCACUGACACUUGCUCAACCAGAUGGUGAUGGCAACUGUAUAACUGACGUCCUCACAAUCACCGGCGGAAGUUCGGAAGUUCCGGUGAUCUGUGGCGAAAACUCCGGCCAGCAUGUGUACGUAAAUUUUGAUGAUCUAAAUCCGAUAACGAUCCGAGUGGCAACAACGGCGGCGACUUCUUUCAACCGACAGUGGAAUCUUCAACUGUCGCAAAUUGCCUGCGCUUCGCAAUUCCGUGCUCCGGACGGGUGUCUUCAGUAUCAUUUCGGAACGACUGGAACUAUAAGCAGCUUCAACUAUGGAUUUGGAGCCAAUCCAAAUUUGAACGUUGUUGGCGCCAUUGGGACCAGGCAAAUUGCGGGUCAACGGUACGGAAUCUGUAUUCGUUCUGGUCCAGAUACUUGCAGCAUUACAUAUAGUUUGCCGACAAACGGAGGACAGUAUGCGUUUACUGUAUCGGGAGCCGCAGAUGCCUUAGAUCCAGCCCUUAUUGGACAAGGAGCGUUCGGUCAGAAUGGUUUGGACUGCCUGACUGACUAUAUUGUCAUACCGAGUCCGGUCGUAACGGAUGCAGCUGCCGCAGGUCAAGUGUUUACCGAUAGAUUUUGUGGAUUGGGAAUUUAUUCAGUAACUAGUCAAGUCAAACCAUUCGUUGUGUAUGUCGUUUGGGAUGAUAACGAGGAUGCAGAUUCAGCUAACCGAGGCUUCCGACUAGCGUAUACUCAAAAUGCUUGUAGUGUUAUAUAA